AUGGCGAGCGAAACCCUAGAGGAGAAAAAACCGGAGGAGGAAGCUCCAGUUGAGAGCAAAGAGGAUUCCGGGCCUGAAGUGUGCAAAGAGAAAGUCGGUGAAGAGAUGAAAGACAAGCAGGAAGAGGAAACCGAUGCGCUGAAGGAGAAGCCCAAGGAAGCAGACGAGAAGAUGGAAGAGAGCGUAAAGACUGAAGGGGAGGAACACAAGGCAAACGAUAAGGAGGAUGAGGAGAAGCAAGAAGAUAAGGAGGAGAAAGAGAACGAGGAAGAACAGAAUUCUGAAGUUGCCCCUGAAAAAGUUGACAAUGAGGAUGAGCCAGCAGAGGAAGAUGAUGGUGGAGACAUAAAGGAGGAGGCGGAAGAAGAGCAAGAUAAGUAUGAUGGAGAUGCCGUAGAUGUUAAGGAAGAGGAGGAAGCAGGGAGUAAGAAAAGUCAACGAGGUGCUGCAAAUAUAGGUGAAGAGAAGACUCCUGAUCCUGAAGCCACCGAGGAGAACCAGAGUAAGGAAUCCGAUGACAAGAAAGAAGAAAUUCCUGAACAAGGAAGGUCUUCUGCAAGCCAGCCGUUGUCCACUGAGAAGGACCGGGUGACACAUCCGAAGGAUAUUACUAAUGACAUGUGCUCCAUGGCAAGCGAAAUCCUAGAGGAUAAAACGCCAGAAGAGGAAUCCCCAGUAGAGGGCAAAGUGGAUCCUGAGCCCAAAUCGGUGGAACAGAAAGCUGAUGAGGAGAUGAAAGACAUACAGGAAGAGGAGGACAGGGAAAUGAUAGAGAAGCCAGUUGAAGUGGGUGAGAACAUGGGAGACCAUCAAGAGGAAGAAAGUUUAAAGAAUGAAGACGAGAAACAUAAGGAAAACAAUGAGGACGGCGAAAAGCAAGAAGAGAAAGAGGAGCAGCCGAUUCAAGAGAACAAUGAGGAACAGAGUUCUGAAGUUCCUCCUGUAAUAGUUGACAAAGGAAAUGAGAACGAGCCAGCAGAGGAAGAUAUGGGAGGGAAAAAGGAGGUUGAAGUAGAACAAGAUGAGGAUGUUGAGGAUGUUGAGGAAGAAGAUGAUGGAGAGGAAGAAGCUGAGAGUAAGAAAAGUAAGCGAGGUGCUUCCGUGAGUUCUACAAAUAAAUUUGACAAGAAGGCUCUUGAAGCCACCCAGGAUAAGCAGAAGAGUAAGGAAUCCAUUGACAAGAAAGAAGCUGUGACCCCAAGCAGUGACAGGCCAACCAGAGAGCGGAAGACGGUGGAGAGAUACUCUAUUCCUCAACGAGGGAGGUCUUCUGCAAGCAAGCCAUUGUCUAGUGGCAAGGGCCGGGGGACACCUCUGAAGGAUAUUCCUAAUGUGGCGUUCAAGUUGUCCAAGAGAAAAGCUGACGAGACUCUGCAGAUCCUUCACACUUUACUUUUUGGAAAGAAAGGAAAGGUGCAAAGUGUGAAGAGAAAUAUCGGUCAGUUUUCUGGCUUUGUGUGGACUGGGAAUGAGAAAAAACAGAAGUCAAAAUUGAAGGAAAAGCUGGACAAGUGUGUAAAAGAAAAGCUCAUAGAUUUCUGUGACGUGCUCAAUAUUCAAGUAACUAGAGCUACAGUGAAGGAAGAACUCACUGUAAAAAUCUUGGACUUCUUGGAAUCGCCUCAUGCUACAACUGAUGCUUUGCUUGCUGAUAAGGAACAGAAAGGUAAGAAGCGAAGGUCAAUAACUGGGAAGAAUUCAAGCCCUGAUGAAGCAUCAGUUACACAAGCUAAGAGGCAAAAACAGUCAUCCCAGGCCGAGGAAGAUAAAAAACGCUCUCCCAAAGAUGAGGAAGAAGAUGAGGAUGAUGAUGAAGAUGAAUCUGCAGAUGCUCGUGAGGACUCUCAAGGUGAUGACGCUGGCAAUGAGACUCUGCUCAAAGAUGAGAGUGACCAGGAUGAGGAUAACUCGGAUGAAUAUGAACCAAAAAAAGAAACACCAACUCAAAAGUCUUCAUCUAGAAAACGUGUAAAGGAUACCUCAAAACCCAGGGAGAAAACUACACCUGUCAAAAGCAGCAUCCCUACAAAAAGUGCAUCGAGGUCUAAGAAGUCAUCCACUCCCUCAGCUAAACCAAGUGCAGACACUGAUAAGGGUUCUGGUUCGGUUUCUAAAUCCAAGGGAUCUACAUCUAGGAAACGCAAGGCUGAAGUAGAAGAUGUUUCAAGAAAGGAAAAUAGCAUGAAAAAGCAGACAGGCAAGUCAAUGUCAAAAGCUCCUGCAAAAGAAGGAAAGUCUCGCAAGAAGGCCAAGGCUGAACCCACUAGAGAUGAGUUGCAUGCAGUUAUUGUUGAUAUUCUGAAAGAAGUUGAUUUCAAUACAGCAACUUUUACUGAUAUUUUCAAGCAACUUGGUAAACACUUCGGUAUAGAUCUAAUGGACAGAAAAGCUGAGGUGAAGGAUGUCGUAACUGAAGUUAUAAAAAAGAUGGCUGACGAGGAAGAUGAAGACGAUGAGAAUGCCGAAGCUGGUGGGGAUGCAGACAAAGAUAGUGAAAGUGAUGAUUAG